AUUAUUUUGCUCUUCGAUCGAAAUGGGCAUGUUCUAAUAAACACUGCACUUCAGACCAAGACACCUCGGUUGAUAGUCAUACCCACUUCAUGAACGGUUGGUCACAACAUUUUAAAGAUUUUAUACAAUUCAAAAGUCGUUACGCAGGUAUGGGAUAAUUGAUGGAGUCUUCAAGAAUAGUUGUUUCAGAGGCUCAUCUCGAGGUGUUCGCCCAGGCGAAGAGACAGCAGCAAUUAAUCUAUGAUGUCACAGGUGACCUCAUCAGCAGAAUUAAACAUAAGCUGGAAGAAUUGCCACUCGUAGGCAUAGACUCGGAAUCGGUGCACGAGAAAAUUGAUCUUCUUGAAGGGAGAAUCCAGAGCCUGAAAAGUGACCUGCUACGGACGAAAAUGAAAAUAGCAUUCUUUGGCGGGACGAGUAGCGGGAAGACAACCACACUGAAUGCCAUGAUUGGACGAGAACUUCUCCCUUCUGGGAUGGGUGAUACGACAAGUUGUUUCAUCCAGAUCGAGAAGAUGACCAAUGACGUCACCGGAAGUGCUAGCACGAAUGACUUCAAACUAAAAGAGGGCCAACGGGACCAAGACCACAGCACGAGUACGAAAAGGGUAGAUCUGGAACCACCUAGAACGGGGUCCUAUUUCUUCGUUCGGGAAGUCGAGAGUGGGGAGAAGGAGGCGUCCCUUCAUUCGUUCUUAGAAAACAGACAGCCGCUUGAGCUGAAGGUAUGUAAAUCUUAAAGAAUUUUUCGAUAGAUGAGAAAAGUUACACUUUUUCCAGUUGACUUUAGACUUUUGAGACCCAGUGUCUUAUCCUGCCCGAAUAGUAGCUCUGAUUAUUUUGAUCAUUGGCUUGA